AAAUGGCACUUUUGAGCGAUGUGUUUUUCAAGUGUAUCAAAUAGCACCUUGCACAACCCAGACACUGGCUGCAAGAUGUCGAUGACCUAUGGAACGAUUCCUGCUUUCUACCGCGAGGUUUAUCAAACUCUCUGUACAGAGGGGUCGAGCAAAAUAGACAAGGAUGUCUUGCAAAAGAUCCUGUUAAAAGCUGGCUUACCAAUCGCCACUGUCGCAACGAUAUAUGAAAGUGCUGAUCCAAAUCAUGAGGGAUCAGUUGGUAGAGAUGGUCUCUACAAGGCACUUGCCCUAACUGCCCUUGUUCAACAGGGAAAGCCUCCAAACGAGAAGUUACUAGAAGGCUACAUUGGCAUGGAGCUUCCAAGGCCAGAGAUUGGUGACAUAACCAACUUGAAAGAAACAACCAUUCAGGUUCAGAAAAAGAAGAACCCCUCGGUCCUCGGCCUUAAAUACGACCAACUCAUCGCGAUGGAUACGAUUUCUGUUGAUCUUGUCCCAGAGAAGAAAGGAAUUCUUCUCAAACACAAUGAAUACAGAGUUAACAGCCAGAAAUACAAAACGACAGUCAAUCGACGCUACAGGGAUUUUGAAGCGCUUUUCGAUCUGCUACUUAGCCGAUAUCCAUAUCGAAUGGUGCCAAAAUUGCCACCGAAGAAAAUUGGAGCUACUAAAGAGUUCAUUGAAUCGAGAAGAAGGUCAUUGAAAAGAUUUCUCAACAUAGUUGCUCGUCAUCCUGUCCUAAAUGAGGAUAAAAUGGUUGUCUGGUUUUUAACAACAAAGGGCUCAGACAUUGGCGUGAAACUAAAAGAUCAAUUUAAACAAAUCCCAGAUGAGUUUAUGAUAAACCCUACAGCCAGCAAGUCAAAGGACCUGGUAUCCAAGGACACGCAGAUUCACUUUAGUCAAGCGAGGGAACAAAUCUUCAAGGUUCAUGAUAGUUGUUUUUAUCUGAAAGAAAUUAUGGAUAGACAAGGAACUAGAACACUUAAUUACGCGACAGAUAUGCUGGACAUUGCUAAACAAUUAAAUAAUUUAAGUACUGAUAAAACUCCUGUUUCUUCCUGGGCCUCUGGUACCAAUACGAACUGGACCAACUUAAAACAAGGAUUUAAAGGAUUGUCUGUUCAUUUUGAGAAGGCUUCAGAAGCUGCCGCUAAACAGUAUUUGUUGGAUGAAGAAAGUUCUGCCGAACACCUGGCUUACUUUCUCGACGUAACUUCGGCUUACAAGGAUUUGUGCAAGCGAUUAGAAAGCGGUGUAUUGAAGGACCAUCAACACGCCUUGCAGAAAAUGCAACAGAUUAAGAAACGCCAGAUACACGCACAGGCCCGAGGCCAGGAACACUCCGCAAUCGAUGAGCUGGAGUCCAGAAUAGUGCAACAGGAAAACGAAAUCUCCAAUAUGGAAACACGAAAUUCCUUCUCUCUUCAUUGCGCGCAGCUGGAGACGCAGUUGGUUCACGCUAAUUUUAAUAUACUUCAUGUUGCACUCAAGUCAUUGGUCGCUUCACAAGUCGCCGAACAUGAGGGGACAGAAUGA